GGAUGUUUUGGCCCGCCAUUGGAACAUGGAAACAGCGCCACAAUCAAUUUACAUUCGAUUUAUCACAAGGACUGUUUGUGUUUAGCAACGUGGAAAGUGAUUCAUUAAAUACGACGUUAGUUGUUUUUUGUUGUUGCUAUCAAUUGAAGUUAAAUAUUAGCGAAAAUAGAUUGAUACAUUGUGGAUUUACCGCGAAUAUGGCCGCUCUGAUAUUGCGGAGGAAGUCUUGAAAACCACAGUUCUCACAACAUUUCAGCCAGCCAACACGACUCCGUGGCACGCAAACCGAAAUGAUAGCUAACUGCUUGGCUUGGUAUUUAACUAACUAGCUACGUUUGGUGAAGAUGACUGUCUGUGCUAUGUGGUCAUAACUAAGGCUGACUAAUAGAAAUGAGUGUUCAAGUGAAUUUGAAAGGGCAGUCUUCUCACGUCCUGGCCAAUGUUUACAAACCAGAGAAUCUGAAAAUGACAAGGUCAUCAGAGAACGCUCUUGCUGCCAUCACCUUCCCCAAAUCCAAAUUGGCAUGGGACCCCACACCUAGUGGGGAUGUGAUUAGCCUCCACCUAUCCUAUUACAGAAAUCCCAGACUACUUCUGGUGGAGAAAGUUCUUUGUUUGGCCCACCGGUAUUCCCGAGAGAAUAACAAGCCCCAGUUCAGCUGUUACUUGUUGGGGACUAUUGCUGUGGAUUCUGAGGAAGAGGGUGUGACUUUGGACCGGUUCGACCUGGGCCGGGAGCAACCUGGCUCCUCUGAAAAGGUCCCCACUGCCCUGAUGCCCGGGGACAUCCUGGUGCUGUGCGUGUUUGGAACCCAGGGGGUCGCUGCCACAGACUCCAUGGUUCACUCUGCAGAAGACUUCCACAUCUCUUUCAAGAUGCUCCAGCACUGCUGCACCUGGGAGUCCCUGGACCUGUCCAAGCUGCUGGUCCUGCGAGCACACCUUGGCUGCUCCCAGCAAACAGACAGCCUGGGCUUCUGCCUGCGCUGGGCCGCCGUCACCCCCGGUAACACACUGGACGCUGUGCCCAUUCGGCCCGUGCUCAUCAUCUCCACGGCCUUGGCCAGGAACCUGAGCGGGCCGACUAGCCUCACCCAGCCGCUACACAGCAGCACUAGCCACAAACGAGGCUUUCUGACCACGGAUCAAAGCAGGAAACUGCACCUAAUACUGGAGUCUGACCCGAAGGCCUACACUCUACCACUGGUGGGACUAUGGCUGAGUGGUGUCAACCACAUCUCCAACCCCCAGGUGUGGGCAUGGUGUUUGAGGUACCUGUUCAGCUCCUCCCUCCAGGACAAGGUGACGUCGGAGGGCGGUGCGUUCCUGGUGGUGCUGUACUCGCUGACCCACAGGGAGCCAGAGUUCUACCAGGUCCAGCCCUGCAGUGGUCAGCAGCAGGACAUGACCUUCCAACUGCUCACUAGCACCGAGUCACUCACCCUCUACAAGAUAGGCACAGGUAACGUGGAAGUGUCUGAGGGCCAUACUCUGCAGUUUGAGCUCAGUGCUGAGAGCCAGAACACCGAGGCUGAGUUCUUCAGGGAACUGGUGUCCCGUGCCUCCUUCACAAGCCCUGCGGUAGUGCCAGCAUCUCCUCAGAACAGACUGUGUAUCAACGACCAUGACUCUGGAGUAGAGGAUGAGGACCUCUCCCCCAGGCCCUCCCCAAACCCCCACCCUCUCACCCAGCAGACCAAGCGGGUCCACCAUUCUGUGCCGGAGCUCUCCCUGGUGAUGGACGGCAGCUUCCUUGAUGGAAAGACCAUGGGCCCCCCUCAUCCUCCCCCCUCAGCUCUGCAGCCCAGAGGCAGUUGCCCCUCCUCCCACCAGCUCCACCCUGGGGCAACCAGACCUCCAGGCCAGGGGCCCACCACACUCAGUGGCCCCCCACCCAUCAGAAGGCCCCUGACCCCUGCCAUGGACACUCAGAGUAAGGGCAGCAGAGGAUUCCUAUUCACCCCUGGGCAGCAGCCUCCACCACUCCGGCCCCCUUCCUCUGGCAGGAAAUCAGCCCCUCCACAGUUCGGGAAGACGUCCGCCUCUUCCUCCUCCUCAUCUUCCUCCUCUUCUCCAAAGACAGGCGCCUCUCCUAAUGGAUCACUCCAACAGGCCAGGCAGUUCCACCAAGCACCAGGUCCCCUCUCUCACAAGUGGGCCUCCCCCGUCGGAGCCUCUCCACACCACAGCCCCGGUGACCCCUCAGCCCCCAUACCCUCUCACCAACAGCCCGCUGUCCAUCUCACACUUCCACAGCAUCCUCAACAUGAACCAGCCUUGUGGGUGCUGCUCCUUCAACCCACAUGACCAUGUUACCCCCCCUGUACCACCCCAACUACUGGCAGGGAGCUUCAGGCACCCACAACAGCCCAGAUAGGCACUUCUGUUCCAACUCCGAUGGUAACCCCCCCACCUCUCACAUUUCCCCUUCCCACCAAACACACCCUCACCACAGCCCAUUGUCACCCCAGGGGCCCACACUUACACCAUUUCACCAUCCAGGGGCCCUGCUUGGAGCGGGCGGCCCCCGUCUGUCAGAACCAGUGUUGCCAGGCCCAGUCGGCAAAGUCUCUCUCCCCCCUGGAUGGGCCCAUGGGCCUCCUGCCCUCUGACGCCUACAGAAUCCUGGUGGACCAAGACCGGCAGCUCAACUUACUGCAGGCACAGAUCCAGAAGCUACUGGCGGCAGCCAUGCAGACACAGAUCUCCCUAGGACAACACACCAGGAGGAAUGUCAGCAUCGCUGUAGGAACAGGUGCCAGUUUGUUCUGGGGAAACCCCAUCGAUGCCCCCGCUUGUGAUGAGGAUGAGCGCCAACAGCCAGAGUGGCACACGGACAGGGGGCCUGGCGCCCCUGAUGGCAGCAGGUCCUCCUCUGGUCGGAGUUCUGGCAGUGCCAGCCUCACCCACAGCAGGCACAUGAAUGGCACAGAAGAAAAGAGUGGGGGCAGUGAGGGACAUGUGAAAGGCACACCCUUCAACCAGUCAAUGCACAAGAGCACCAUGAUGCCAAAUCACACGCAGCUCAAUGGAGAGUGCCAGCUUACAUUACUUAUGCAGAAGGUGUUCCUGUUAACUUUCCCCUGUACUCUGGCCGCCAUCAACCCAGAGGCAGUCAUCAGCAGACUGACCCUCCUGGAGUCCACGGGAACCAGCAUGCGGGGCUCCAGUGGCAGCGUGGACCUCAGCCUGGAGGCCAAUGCCAUCGCCCUCCGGUACCUCAGCGACCAGCAGCUUUCUAGACUUUCUGUGGGGGGAGGGCAACAGCCCCCUAGGUUCUGCCCCUGCACACCGCUCUCAGAGAAGCCUGGAGCGGAGAAGAGCACUGUGGGACUCAGUUGUAUCCUGUCUCCCAACAACAUAUCCUUCACCACCAGCAAGUACAUGAGAAGGUACAGGCUUAUAGAGGGGAGCAGGAAUGAGGAGGACGACGACAGGGUCAAGGGGCAGCAUUUGGACAUGGGAUAUACCGUACAGUUCCAUGUUCAACAGGAGCAAGAAGGGCAGGGAGAGAGGGAGCGCAAAGUUUUGGUUCUGAAAACAUCACCAAUGAGUUGCCACAUUCCAAACCUGUCCACACGCAGGGGCCACACGCAGGGGCCACACGCAGACUCUCAAAGCCAGCUACUCAGGCACUUGCGUCCUAAAAUGCAGCUUUUGGCACGCGGCGCCAAACAACAUUCGGACAAGGAGAUUGGUGCAAAACGGCUGCCAUCUUUAGGUGAAAUACGAAGGGAGUGUCCUCAACCAGAGGGGUUGAUGGGAAAUUUCUUGAACCUGAGUAGACUUAGACAGCUCGCGAAACUCUUCUAAAGGACCACGGGAACUAAUGCAAAGGAAACUCAAAAUGACAAAUGAAAUGUAUUGUCGAAUCCAUUGGGAUUUGUCAGUGUGGCUGUAUUCUUAGUAAGAUAUUCUUAAAUGCUUCCAUACAUCUGUUUACAGAUUGUUUUGAAUGCCUCUUUAUUGGAAUCUUCAUGGUUGCUCAUUGUUUGUAAUGUAUACAUUUUGUGUAGGACCACUGAAACAGUGGCUCUUACCAAAUCUCUUCACCACUGUGCUCUUUGUGCGCAAAAUGUACUUGUUGCCUUUCUACUACAACUAUGUGGAAGAGGGUGUGGCGUCAUGAUGUAUCUAGCUCUUUUCAAUGGUGGCAGCUAGGUCAUUGAAUUGUUUUUAUCACUUUUAAUUUAAAGUGCUUUUUGAUUUUCAACAUGCCAUGGAUGCCAAUUGUCUGAACUGUUGUAAAUUUUAAUCCAACAGAUGUUGGGAUUUUUAAGUCUGAUUACAUGGUGAAACGGACUACGUUCAUGCGUAUUUUGGUGUACUUUUCAGUUUAAUGUUGUGAAUAUUUUAAUUUUCUUUCAUGUUGCCUUGUUUUUCUUGUGUUUACAUGAAAUGCUUGCUCCAGCAUUAUUUUUAAUUUCUGUACUUGAACUUCCUAUUUAAAAUUGCCUUAAUAAAUAUGUACUGUAUUCA